UUCUUGACGGCCGGUUUGUCCAAUUAGCUCUGACUCGGUGGGUGGUGCUCCUCGGCGAUUGGUUGGCAAAAUGAGGGCGCUGCGCAAAAACAGAGAAGCGGAGCGCUCGGAGCUCAGAAACUGCCAGCCGAGAUCGCAGGCUCUAGGGCUGAGGCAGGAGGAGGAGGGAAGAACUGAAAAGCAGAGAGACAGGUUAGAGGAAAGAAGAGGCUUGGGAAGGAAACAGCAAAAAAGAAACUGCUCAUCACAGUUACUGAGAGGCAAACGGCGGUGGAGAUGAGGACAGAGAGAGGCAAGACUAUGACAGCCAAAAAAGACAAAUAGAGAGAAAGAGGAAAAAAUGCCAAGAACAUCCAUCCGGAGAAAUGAAGAGAAUGAAAGUUUUAUGCUGCAGAGCCAUUCUAUGCUUUUCCGGCACAAAAUUCCCUCGCUGUUUUUAAGCCCUUUUGCAUUUGCCAGCCGUUGACAGUAAGAGGCAUGUUCAGCGGUGCCAACAGCAUCUCCUCUUCCUUCUCCUCUUCCUCUUCAUCUUCCUCCUCCUCCUUCUCCUUUUCCUCCUCCUCCUUCUCCUCCCAUCAGCGAGAAGACAAACCGAGGACAGUCUUGAAAUACCGAAAUUUCCUCCUUGGGAUUUGCCAGCGCCGCGUUGCGCCAAGACUGUCGGAAUAAAGGACGCUGACUAUUGUAUUAUUAUUUUAUUAAUUGGUCAGUGGGAAGAUUACAGAUGAGGAAAGGGGACGCCUGUCACCCUUCCUGCUGUAAAAUUUAAAAAUGAGGUUGAAUUGGGGGAAACCCUAAAAUGAAGCAAAAGAAAUAAGAUUUGUAAGGACAGAAAGCCACAGAAGCCCCCCCACAUAGCGCACUUUUAUUUGUAUUUUUUAUUCGAGAUUUUUUUUUUUUCCGUGGUGGUGGGGGAGGUGAUUGGGUGGCUGACUGGCUGCGGGAAGCUGCUUCCUUUCCCUUUGGAGAUGAUUGUGCUAUUAUUCUUUGCCUUGCUCUGGAUGGUGGAAGGAGUCUUUUCCCAGCUUCACUAUACGGUGCAGGAGGAGCAGGAACAUGGCACUUUCGUGGGGAAUAUCGCUGAAGAUCUGGGCUUGGACAUUACAAAACUUUCGGCUCGCGGCUUUCAAACGGCGCCCAACUCUCGGACCCCUUACUUGGACCUCAACCUGGAGACCGGGGUGUUGUACGUGAAUGAGAAGAUUGACCGCGAGCAAAUCUGCAAGCAGAGCCCCUCCUGCGUCCUGCACCUGGAGGUCUUCCUGGAGAACCCCUUGGAGCUGUUCCGGGUGGAGAUCGAGGUGCUGGACAUCAACGACAACCCCCCCUCCUUCCCGGAGCCGGACCUGACCGUAGAGAUCUCUGAGAGCGCCACGCCGGGCACCCGCUUCCCCUUGGAGAGCGCAUUCGACCCAGACGUGGGUACCAACUCCUUGCGCGACUACGAGAUCACCCCCAACAGCUACUUCUCCCUGGACGUGCAGACCCAGGGGGAUGGGAACCGAUUCGCCGAGCUGGUGCUGGAGAAGCCUCUGGACCGAGAGCAGCAAGCGGUGCACCGCUACGUGCUGACCGCGGUGGACGGGGGAGGAGGGGGAGGCGGAGAUGGAGGAGGAGGCGGCGGCGGGGGAGGGGGCCUACUCCCCCAGCAGCAGCGCACCGGCACGGCCCUACUCACCAUCCGAGUGCUGGACUCCAACGACAAUGUGCCCGCCUUCGACCAACCCGUCUACACUGUGUCCCUACCAGAGAACUCGCCGCCGGGUACGCUCGUGAUCCAGCUUAACGCCACAGACCCAGAUGAGGGCCAGAAUGGGGAGGUCGUGUACUCCUUCAGUAGCCACAUUUCGCCCCGGGCGCGCGAGCUCUUCGGACUCUCCCCUCGCACCGGCCGGCUGGAGGUGAGCGGCGAGCUGGACUACGAAGAGAGCCCGGUGUACCAAGUGUACGUUCAAGCCAAGGACCUGGGCCCCAACGCCGUGCCUGCGCACUGCAAGGUGAUAGUGAGGGUGCUGGAUGCUAACGACAACGCGCCGGAGAUCAGCUUCAGCACCGUGAAGGAGGCGGUGAGCGAGGGCGCGGCGCCCGGCACGGUGGUGGCCUUGUUCAGCGUAACCGACCGCGACUCCGAGGAGAAUGGGCAGGUGCAGUGCGAGCUGCUGGGGGAUGUGCCGUUCCGCCUCAAGUCUUCCUUCAAGAACUACUAUACCAUCGUGACCGAGGCCCCCCUAGACCGAGAGGCGGGGGACUCCUACACCCUGACCGUGGUGGCUCGCGACCGGGGCGAGCCUGCCCUCUCCACCAGUAAGUCCAUCCAGGUGCAAGUGUCAGAUGUGAACGACAACGCGCCGCGCUUCAGCCAGCCGGUCUACGACGUGUAUGUGACCGAGAACAACGUGCCAGGCGCCUACAUCUACGCGGUGAGCGCCACAGACCGUGAUGAGGGCGCCAACGCCCAGCUAGCCUACUCGAUCCUGGAGUGCCAGAUCCAGGGCAUGAGCGUCUUCACUUACGUGUCCAUCAACUCCGAGAACGGCUACCUGUACGCCCUGCGCUCCUUCGACUAUGAACAGCUCAAGGACUUCAGCUUCCAAGUGGAAGCGCGGGACGCCGGUAGCCCCCAGGCGCUGGCUGGCAACGCCACCGUCAACAUCCUCAUCGUAGAUCAGAACGACAACGCUCCUGCCAUCGUCGCCCCCCUUCCGGGGCGCAACGGGACUCCGGCGCGCGAGGUGCUGCCCCGCUCGGCUGAGCCCGGUUACCUGCUGACCCGCGUGGCCGCGGUGGACGCAGAUGACGGCGAGAACGCCCGGCUCACCUACAGCAUCGUGAGGGGUAACGAAAUGAACCUCUUCCGCAUGGAUUGGCGCACCGGGGAGCUCCGAACUGCGCGCCGGGUGCCGGCCAAGCGCGACCCCCAGCGGCCUUACGAACUGGUGAUCGAGGUGCGCGACCAUGGGCAACCUCCCCUGUCGUCCACCGCCACCUUGGUGGUGCAGCUGGUGGAUGGCGCUGUCGAGCCCCAGGGCGGGGGCGGGGGCGGGGGGUCAGGAGAGCACCAGCGCCCCAGCCGCUCCGGCGGCGGGGAGACGUCGCUGGACCUCACCCUUAUCCUCAUCAUCGCGCUGGGCUCGGUAUCCUUCAUCUUCCUUCUGGCCAUGAUCGUACUUGCAGUGCGGUGCCAGAAAGAGAAAAAGCUGAAUAUCUACACGUGUCUGGCCAGCGACUGCUGCCUCUGCUGCUGCUGUGGCAGCGGGGGGUCGACCUGCUGUGGCCGCCAAGCCCGGGCGCGCAAGAAGAAACUUAGCAAGUCGGACAUCAUGCUGGUUCAAAGCUCCAACGUACCCAGUAACCCAGCCCAGGUGCCGGUGGAGGAGUCCGGGGGCUUUGGCUCCCAUCACCACAACCAGAAUUACUGCUACCAGGUCUGCCUGACCCCCGAGUCCGCCAAAACCGACCUGAUGUUCCUUAAGCCCUGCAGCCCAUCGCGGAGUACGGACACUGAGCACAACCCCUGCGGGGCCAUCGUCACCGGUUACCCAGACCAGCAGCCCGACAUCAUCUCCAACGGAAGCAUUUUGUCCAACGAGACUAAACAUCAGCGAGCAGAGCUCAGCUAUCUAGUUGACAGACCUCGCCGAGUUAACAGUUCUGCAUUCCAGGAAGCCGACAUAGUAAGUUCUAAGGACAGUGGUCAUGGAGACAGUGAACAGGGAGAUAGUGAUCAUGACGCCACCAACCGCGGCCAGUCAGCUGGUAUGGAUCUCUUCUCCAACUGCACCGAGGAAUGUAAAGCGCUUGGCCACUCAGAUCGGUGCUGGAUGCCCUCUUUUGUCCCUUCUGAUGGACGCCAGGCUGCUGAUUAUCGUAGCAAUCUGCAUGUUCCUGGCAUGGACUCCGUUCCAGACACUGAAGUGUUUGAAACUCCAGAAGCCCAGCCCGGGGCGGAGAGGUCCUUCUCCACCUUCGGCAAAGAGAAGGCCCUUCACAGCACCCUGGAGAGGAAGGAACUGGAUGGACUGCUGUCUAAUACACGAGCGCCUUACAAACCACCGUAUUUGACACGGAAAAGGAUAUGCUAGUCAAUUCUACAGGACUUACCUGAAGCAGCAUGAUUUGCACAAAGUCGACCAACAAAAGCAUCAACUUUUCAACUUCAUUUAUCUUGGCCAUCCAGUUAGUUGUGUGUGACUGAGUAUUAGAUUGCCGGCAGAGUAUCAUGGCCAAUUAUAGGACCUAAUUGCUCUCAGCAGGCCUGAGAAAUGAGUUGAAAUGUGCAGAACUGUAGAAACUUUAGGCAACUGAUUUUGCCUCUCCGAUCAGUGUGUGCCUGUUUACAGCACUAUAUAUCUUUCUCUCUCCAAAUGUCACUGAGCCCUUUAGAUGUUUAUAUUCACCACAAGAAGCCAGUCAUAAAGAUAAAGGAAAUUUGUGCAUUAUAAAUGCAAUAUCACUGUUUUAAACUUGACUGUUUUAUAUUAUUUUUGUGUGAUCAAGUGUUCCCCAAACUAUUCCAACUUUACAAGAGAUUGUGAUUAUGUUCUUUUCACCUGUGGGUUAUAAAAAAUGUAUUCUGAAGACCCACAAAAUAUCAAAGACAUUCUGUAGUUUAUACACCGUGUUGCAAAGUGUUUACUGUACUAUUUCAAAGCUUCUAAAUAAAUAUAAAAUAUAUAUAUUAUAUUAUAUAACUUUCCUAAAAUGUGGUACAACUCAGUUGGUUUUUAAAUGGAUUCAUACAAUCCGCAUCAUAUAAUAAAAUAAAAGGUAAUUCAGGGUCCCAAAGAUAAGCAUAUGAAGGAAAAGAAAAUCAUUUAUAGUUUCCUCCCAGUUUUCAUAUCUUUUUCAACCCUGUUUUUCCUUGUUUAAAAAAAUGAAGCUCCAAGCUACAAAAUUUUGUCAAGAACUUGUACUGAAUUUUCAAUGCCAAAGAUAUAGCUGUCGAUGUUAUCAACAGAGCACUGAACACGUCCUCUCAAAAUAUCUAACAAUCUACAUAAUCUCAAUUCUACUUCUAUGGCUUUGAAUUUAGAAUCAUUUAAAGCUUUUAUAAAGAAUCUAUACCUUUACCUGUAUUUGUUGUUAGCAAAAAAAAAAAGCACUGGUGUCUGUACAUUUUGUGGUGUAAAAUAUAUAGCUGAAAAUUACUAUUUUAAAUGAAGUCCUCAAUCAUACAACUCAUACAGAAUUUUAUUUUACAUAGUUUUGCAUAGUUUCAUGACUUCUAAUAACACAUGCUACACAUAUAAAAUCUAUAACUCUAUAUGAAUAUAUAGAGAUACAUAAAUACCUAAACUGGUAAAGAAUAACUAUAAGAUAUAAAGGAUCUCUAAAUUUAAAACAAAUAAAUUUGGAGAUAGAAACAUGGUACAUUACUGCUUCAGUAUUAUCUUAUGUGUGAGAAUUAUAGUUUAAAUAUAGUCAUUAUUUUAUUAAAGAGAAAAUUCUUCAUGAGUCAGCCUUGAAAAGUGAAGUUUUCCUUUUAUGUCAACAAAUUGAUUAUUAAAUUCAGUAAUCUGCAUUUUCCUCUUUUACAUAUAUCCCUUUUAUUAUACUGCUGUUUAUUGCUUGUUAAAGUACAAAUAAGAAAGGGAAAAUCAGAAGAUGUGAGAUAAUCUUCUAAGCAAAAACCAGCUUUGUCACAGUUCCUCUCUAAAAAACUCCUUCAACACUAUAUCUAAGUACUUUCCCAACCCAAAUUGCAGACUGAUUUUGAAAUAUUUUCCUUAAUUUUAACAGAUUGCAUGUUCUACGAUAGUUUGAGCCAGACUGUUAUUAAAGAACAGAGUAAACUUGAUACAUAACAAAUGUCUUCCACCUAAUUUUAUGUCAUUUGAAUGGGAAUAUUUUCCUAGAUUUAACAAUAAAAUGCAUAUAAAUAUGCAUAUAUAUUCCUAGGUCAUUGCUGUGUAUAUUUGAGUGAUAUCUUGGUAUCACUUAUUUGUCUUAUCAAAAUAGAUAUUAGUAUGUCACAAUCCCAACCAAUUUAUGUAACAAAAUAAUCUGUAGCUUUUGGGGACCUUUUAAAAAUAUUUGAAGCUAAUCCAUCACAUAUGACACAAAGGGCACACACAUUCACUAGAGGCAGCAGUAAAAUUUUCUCACAACUUUUGCUUUACUACGUUAAUAUUUUAGAUGAUAGACUGUUUUAGUAAGAAACUAUGUGUUUUUAAAUAAUUUAACUGGAAAAAAAGUCUGUUCAUUGUAAUUGCUUUUUAAACAAGAAAAUUAUUUUCUUGUUGAAUCACUCUGCUUUAAUUAAAACAUUUCAUUCACAAUUUUACAAAUAUGGGGGGAAACCCACAUCCAUCAGAUUUAUUACAUGCAUUGAAAAUAAAUUAUACUCUAAGAGCUAUACUAAUUCAUCUGACCAAAAAAUUAUUUAAUUGUUUAUUCUUUCGUAUCAUUGAAUAUAAUCCCCCUUGAAUCAACUUCUCAUAUCAUAUAUUUGUCUAUUUUUAUAAUAUAUUGUAGCAAACACA